AUGGCUUCGUCUUGCCAAAACCUUAUUGCUGCCCUCAAAGAUUGUCUCAAGUAUACCGACUGUGUGCUUAAAGACGGGCGCAAACCUUCCGAAUGUCUCAAAAAUCAUUUUGACGAGUUGCCAGAAGAGUGCCAGUCUUUGCGGAAAGCUACGUUCGAGUGUAAACGAAGCAUGCUGGAUAUGAGAAAGCGUUUCCGAGGGAACAUCGUUGGUACACAGUUCGAAUUCACCCCGAGAACGCCACCUUCAAUACCCUCAUCUGACCCCCCGGCAACCUCUUCUCCUACCUAA